AUUAUGUAAUGCCAACCGUAAAAGAAAUCGUCGAAAAACUUCAAGAAUUGAUCGAUUUAGGAUUUAAACCAACUGCUGCGGUCAUACUUGAUAUUUUACAACUUUUCGAAAAUAGGUUGAAUAAUGUUGGAGAAAGAAUUAUCAACUCCUUCAUUUCAGUUCGUAAAAAUGAAAAACGUGAAGAAUUUUAUAAGAAAAUCGUUGUCGAAGCUAUUAAAUCAGAGAGGAAUAUCAAAAAGGUUGAAGUUUUCAACUUUUUGGAUCAAAUUAUUGGAAAUAAAAGUAAAUCUAUUUUCAUGGAUGCGAUGAAAAUAAUCAGAGGAAAAAGUCCAUCUUAUUCAAUUGGUGGGACAAAUGCCAUAGAAGAUUUUCAUUCCGUAAAAUCUGUUACCACUACUCCUUGUUAUAAGCCCUUAUCUUUCAAUCUAACGUUUUAUAAUUGGAUUCUCAUGAAAUUUACUGAAAAUUCUGAAAUUGCAAAAUUUGCAUUUAAUGAUAUUAUAGAAACUAGAAUAGGCUUUGAUCUUUAUCAAAAUUCGAGCGAAUAUUCUCUUUGCAAAUUUAUUGAAACAAAAUUCAUUGAAGCAUGCAACAUUUUUAAAGUUUAUUGUAAUGCUCGAAAUUUCUUUUUAGUAUCAUAUCUUGAACUUCUUAAAAAAGAUAUAAGGAGGGGUAAUUCAAUGUCAGAUAAGUUUAAAAAAUGUGUUGAAGUUCUUUAUUAUAAACUUAGAUAUGAUGAAAUAUUUGAUGAAUUAGAAAUGGAAUUGGAAAUGAAUAAUAAUUCUAUUAAGAAACAUAAAGCUUGUGAGAUCAACGCUUAG